GAACAUUUGCUGAAUCAGUGACUCUUCUGAGUCAGAAGAAAAAUUGUUCCUGCCCCCCUGCCAGCACUUCGUGCAGAUCCAAGAUACCGUUCCCAGAAGAGUCCCUACAUAUGUUAGCAAGAAGACAACUGCCUGCACAUUUUGCAGCAAGAACAGUGUAGCAACUGAUGCAGCGCUGUGCUGUGAGCCUGGGGUAAUGUAUCUCCUGGAGGGAAAGCUGCGGAGAGCAGUGCUGAUGGGCUUAGUCUGCUGACUGCCAGAGAUCAGAGACCUUCUUUCUGACUCCAGGGACGCUUGCCUGCUAGAUUUGCAACUCAAAGCAAGCAAAUGAUUAGCUGUAGUUUCAGGGUAAUGUAUUACAGCAUCCCCUUGUGUGGGGACAGCAGGCUGGAAAAACUACAGUUCCCAGCACCCUUUUGUGCACAUCCCUGCAAACUACAGUUCCCAGAACCUUUUCAUGAGCCGGGGAGGGAGGGUGUACGUGGAAGUAAUUGCUGAGGAAUUUUGCAUCGCUCCCCAUACUUUCAAAGUGCUGCCCAGCCCUCGGUUAGUGAAAACCGAAACGGAGGAAAAGCCAAGGAGCGUUGAGACAGUGGUUUUACCCACCCCUAAUAACUGCAGCACUAAGCAUCCUUCUCGCCCUGGAGUCUCCCUGGGCAGACGCAGGGAGGAUUCUUGCCCCUAAGGGAAACACGGCUGCUGCGGAAGGAGAGCAGACUAACUACAGAUCCCAGCAUUCCCUGGCAGGCAGCACCUGCGGCAGUCCCUGCGUGCCAGGGGGGAUGAGGAUGUGGAUGGAGGGCGGGGAAGAGAUGAAGGGCGCAAUGGGGCUACGCUGCGGCUGGGACCCACCCCCCAUUGAUGCCCAGGCCAAGUGGGUGAGGCUCAAUGUGGGGGGCACCGUCUUCCUUACCACCAGGCAGACCCUGUGCCGGGAGCAGAAAUCUUUCCUGUGUCGCUUGUGCCAGGGCGAGGAGCUGCAAUCGGAUCGGGAUGAGACUGGUGCAUAUCUAAUAGACCGGGACCCUACUUACUUUGGGCCCAUCCUGAAUUUCCUCCGCCAUGGGAAGCUGGUCCUGGAUAAAGAUAUGGCUGAAGAGGGGGUCCUGGAAGAAGCAGAGUUCUAUAACAUCGGCCCUUUAAUCCGGAUAAUUAAGGAUCGACUGGAGGAGAAAGACUACACAGUGACUCAGGUGCCUCCUAAACAUGUGUACCGUGUACUACAGUGCCAGGAAGAGGAGCUCACUCAAAUGGUUUCCACUAUGUCUGAUGGAUGGCGCUUUGAGCAGCUUGUGAACAUUGGCUCGUGCUACAGCUAUGGGAAUGAGGAUCAGACAGAGUUCCUGUGCGUGGUUUCCAAGGAACUGUACAACUCUUCCAAUGGCCUGAGCUCUGAGUCCAGCCACAAAGCCAAGAGCGCAGAGGAGGACGUGGAGGAGGAAGAGCAGGAGAUGGAGGAGGAGGCAGAAACAGAAGCAGAAGAGAAAGGUGCAGCAAAUCCUUGAGGAAAAAAAUAGACUAACCCCCCAGGCAUAGACCCAUCCACCUUUCUGGUGAGAACUCCCAGCAAGCAGCAGGGAAGAAUUAGGGCACGUGUGGGGUGCAGGGGAUAUCCUCCUAAGGAGCAGGAGUUUCUCUGCAGAUAAAGCUAAUAGGGAGGAGUUGUUACCUUGGCUGCUGCUUUGUGUUUUUGACUGUUUGGUUUAUUUAUAUUAUAUUUUUAUUUGCAGACUGUCCAUGUACCAGACACUCCCUCCUGCUCCCCUCUGUCUCCAUCUCUGCACUGUCACCUGCCUGGGGCACCCUACCCCAUUCCCCAAUCUCCAACAUUCUUCUCUUUGCUCUCUUUGCCCCUCAUGGCCUCCUUCCAGCAGACCUGGUUCCUGUCUCCCCUUCCAAACCCAAGAUUCUGUGUGUUCCCUGCUCAGGGCCCCAUCUCUCUCUGCUCCUCACUUUUCCUACUCUGCAGGUAUGUGACCUGUCUGCACUCUUAGAUCCUGCCAGUUUGAGCUCUGCAUGAGUAACUCACAUCCUUCCCUCUUGUGGAUAAAGUCCUGGUUUGUAGAGCUUGGGGAGGGGGAAAGCUGGGGGAGGCUGAGUCAUUUCUAAGGUGGCUUUUCUGAUUCUCAUCAUACGUGUGCCUUCACUUGCCAAGCAGUUCUUACAGCUCUGGACUGGAGGCUCUGGCAGCAGCAGGGAAAGUGCAACCAGGAGUAAGGAGGAGGGCUGGGGAAGAAUGCAAAGCAGGCAGGGGUGGCACAGUGGAAUGCCUGCUGUGUGGCUGCCUGCCAUGCAUGUCAGAUCACUUCUCCCAACUGCCAUCCAUUCCUGCAGCUCCUUUGCCCCUCCCUGCUCAUGCAGUGGCAGAAGGUGGUGAAAGUGCAGUGGAAGCUGUGGGUCCCUAAUCCAGAUGUUCCUGCAGCUGUGCUUGAAAGGGGCCUCUGUUCUGCCUCUCACUGAGACAAGCUGCCCAUCUGCAACUGAACAAAGAAAGCUUUCAUAGAAGGACCACUCUCUUUAGCUGGAAAACAGAUUUCUUGUUGAACUGGUGGUGCUCAGUGCCACUUUCCAUACUAACGGGGGGCACUUGUUAGCUGGGUGGCAUUGCUCACUUCUCCCAUUCAAGAGCCUCCUUGUUCAUGGCUAUGGGACCUGAGUGUUAUUGUCUCAAAGGGCAGUGUGUGUUAAUCACAGACUUCUCCCUCUUUGUUCUCUUUUCACCCCACCCUCAAUCCUCUUCCUUUCCUCCUUCCUUUCCUUUUCCUUUUUUCCCCUUUCCUUUCCUUUUUCUUUAUAUCUUGUUUCCUGUCAGGUGCUCUUUCCCUUUUCCCAUUUCUUGCCCUCUUUGAUUUGGUUUCUCUCUCUCCUUCUCUAGCUGUUACAAGCCAGAGGCCUGAGGAUGCGAUCCUGACUCUACACUCCAGCCUCUUAAUUUCUGCUUGAUAUCUUUAUUUUUGUACGGUAGCAUCUUGCAGCCCCUUGUGCCGCAGUGACACCCGCAGCCCCCUUCACUCUCCACACUCGGCUGUUGACUUUUACAAACUCUGCCCGGAGGGGGGCAGAUGCUCCAAGGAGAGCUGCAAGGGCUGGAGCCCCGUCCUUUGCCUAGUAGAAUGGCUUUCUUUAAUGUCACAGUGGCCCCUGCUGGGGACAUCAGUGAUCAACCACUGCAGAACUUUGCUCCCUUCCCGAACACCGGUACCCAGAUGUGGUGGCAUCUGCAGUAGGACCACUCCUUGCCCGUUCACAGUUGCAGGCAACUGGUCUGGGCUUUUCACCAGAGGGGUAAAUGCAGAGACACUGCUUUUUUUCUUCUUUUCUUUUAUUUUUCUGGACCACCUUUGCUGCUGGUGGAGUGUCCCUGUGCUGGAUGUCACCUUGCUGGUGUCUCACUCCCUGUCCCCCUAAAUAUCUCCACAUUGGAUGGGUGAGUGGAAGCAGCUGUGUGCUGCCUGAGUACUUGUGUGGGAUGUGCUGGCACUUGACAGGUCUGGUAGGACCUCAGGGAGCCAGGGGUUGACUUCACCGCUGUGUCUGAAGAUGCCACGUUGUAGACCCUAAAUAAAUCUCACGCCUUCUUCCUC